AUGGGCAACACAGAAGUAGCGGACAGGAUCGCAGAAGCUGACACGCCUGCCAAAGCCAAGCAGCUGGGUCGCGAGGUUCGGAACUUUCAACAGAAGAUAUGGGACGACAACUGCGACAGGGUUGUCGAAGAAGGUAAUUACGCCAAGUUCAAACGGAACGAAAAGCUGAAAGAGAUUCUGUUGGGCACUGAGCAAAGAGCCUUGGUUGAGACGAGCCCCAACGACAGGCUCUGGAACAUUGGCUCAACUCUAAUGAUGCUGAGGGCAAUGAAGACAGAAGUCUCCAUCCCUCAACCCGGUGAACAUGAGGUUCUCGUCAAGAACUCUUUCGUUGCUCAGAACCCCACAGAUGUCCAAUCACUCGACAACAAUGCCUUUGGAGACGGUACAGCCCUAGGCUGCGACUUCGUUGGCAAAGUCGAAGAAGUCGGCAAGAAAGUAUCUCGACACAAGAAGGGCGACACCAUCACAGCUCUGAUCUGGGGCGGUGAAGUCAAAGGUCACGGGGCUUACAACGAGUACACCAUCGCCAACGAGUUUAUCAGCUUCAAGGUGCCCAAUUCGACCUCUCUUGAAGCUGCUGCGACUGUACCGCUGGCAUGCUGUACGGGUUGGCUUGCUCUCUUCUCUAAGGACUGCCUGGCUAUCGACCGCAAGAGCGGAGAACAGACCUCCGUAUUGAUAUGGGGUGGAAGCUCAAGCGUGGGCCUCUACGCUACUCAAAUUGCGCGCCAGCACAACUUCAACGUUGUGACAGUUUGCACUUGA